UCCAUUCAUUCUUAUACAUAAUUAUUAUAUCACAGUGCUUGUAUGUACGUACAUGCAUACAGGGUUUGCACAGGUGUUUGUAGCAAAUUGAUUUACAUAGCAACGAGCAUAGUAACGUAACUAGCCAUGCUUGAUAGAAAGAAUUGUAAUAGCAAGCACAAGUACAUACAUAAAAUAAAAAUUUAUGCGUAUUAAAUUUAUUUAAAAAAAAGGAGGGAAUUAUAUAAAAAUGUCUCAACAUUGGCACGGUCAUUGGACAGAAGAUGCAUUUACUCCGAAAAGAUUGCGAAAUUGGGAAGUUCCUAAAUGGUAUCCCAGUUGGCCUGACAGGCAUUGUGUCACUACGAAAUUUAUCGCGGAUGAUAAUGGACGUAUAUUAGACAAUGCCAAAAGAGUCGAACAUUCGCCGUGGGGAACAUUUAAAGGCACAUGGAAUUUGCCAAAGAAAAUUACUAGAAGCAUUGCCAAAGAAUUAUCAAUAUCGUCUCAAUAUAAGAGAGAUUCAUGGGACGCGCACAAGAAGAAACAUCAGAGUUUAUGUAAGAAGAUAAAAGAACAUGCAAACAAAGAUGAGGAAAAGAAAGUCAUCGAAAGGAAAUUAUAAAAAGAUAGUUAUAUAAGCAAAGAAAAUCAAAACAGACAAAAGUACAUGUACACACGCAAAGAAUCUUAUAUAAAUGCUAAAAAGGAAGAGGAAGAUAAAAAGAGUCUGUUGACGUCAAUCUCAUACCCUGUAAGUUGAAAGAGAUGCAUGUUUGCUCGAUGGUAUUGUUUCAUAGCUGGACUCCAAGGGUAAACUUCGUUCAUUGUAGAUUUUCGCCAA